AUGUCGAUCGUUUGGGGCCCUCGAAUACUGACGGGACUCGUGGGUGUCCCUGUGGCACUUUUGCUGCUCAGUACUGAUGCCAGUAUGCUACUUCUCAUCACAACGGCGAAGGUAAAAAUGACACACUGCGUGCUGUUGGUUGCAUCUGGAAUGUUGCUUUGCCUGGGUGCGUGGACAGGUGAUAAGCAAAUUUAUGAUGCGGUAAGCUUCGGAGCGACAUUAAUUGUUUUUACGUUUCAUAUCGUCAUCUCCGUAAAGACGGACAGGACUGCUUUGAUCAAGUUGCUGCUCGAUAUCUUUGCGCUCUUCUACAUUGCAAACGGUUUUAGUUAUUCUAUUUUACUCAGAUGUAGCUCAAACAAGUACGGACAUGGACUGCAACUCCUCGCACUUUGCUGCACUUGGGUCUGUGACAGCGGUGCACUUUUUGUUGGGUCAACUUUGGGCCGCGCAAAGCUGGCAUCAGCCGUAAGCCCAAGCAAAACCGUCGUGGGCGCCAUGGCAGGCGUUCUUUCCAGUGUGGCUACGGUGUUAAUAAUGUUUUCCUUCCCGCGCUUACUAAUGGAGUCGCCUAUGAUACACACAUUACUUCCUCCGCUUGAUGUAGUGCCUUACAUGCACCAGCUAGUGCUGGGUACAGUUCUUGGCGUCUUGUGCAUUAUGGGAGAUUUGGUCGAGUCAUACAUAAAGCGUGUUGCCGGUGUCAAAGACUCGGGAUCAUUUUUUCCUGGACAUGGCGGCUGUCUAGAUCGCAUGGACAGCUUAUUAUUGGUUGCGCCGUAUCUGUAUUUUCACACUCAAUUCGCCCUACCGAAGCAGUAG